AUGGAUGAUCAAGAAGCAAUGGAAACACUUUCUCUCAAAGAUUUCCCAAUAGCCCCAGAUCACCAGAAUCCACCAACAUCAUCACCGGCCGACAACGACAUUUUCGAGUUUUCUAGAGGAGGGUUGAGUGACGAUUCCGAAGAGAACAUGAUGUCUCAUGCAGAAGACAUCAUAUUCUGCGGAAAACUUGUCCCAACCAACCAACAAAUCCAUCAUAAAAGACAGUCGCAGCAAAGAAGCUGCAGGCGGUCUAGAUCAGAAUCACGGUCGGACGUAAAAAACGUGACCGUGAGUCCACUAGCCACUAGAAAUAGCAGGUCAGUGGACUAUAAAAAAUUAAAAAGGAACUCAAGUAUGAGUUCUGAGCCAGUGGCAGAGCCUAGCUGUACAGGCUCCACCGCUGGUUAUGGGAAGAACUCAGGUUCUUUCCUAAGACAUGUUAUUUUGUAUGGAUUAGUAAAUGUGCCACAGCCCGAAAUGAAAGUUCGAGACUUAAAGAACCGGCGGGCUCGCUCGAAUACUUCAAAGGCGCGUAGCGAUUUAUCGGAAACCCUUGAUGUAUUUUCGGUUGGCCGGAAUGUUGAUCACCGGAAAUGUUCAUGGAGAGUGCUUGAGUUGCUGAGUUGCAAAUCUAGUAGCGCUGCCGUAACGAUGCCGUUGAGUUACAUGGCCAAAGUUUGA